CAACGAACGAACGAACGGAUCACGAAGCUGCGAGGCUGCUCGCAGCUGUGACGGCACUGCGCCACGACGACUACUGCCACGAUGGCCGAAGAGGCUGACAUAAACGAUAAAGCGGCGAUGGAAAGUAUAGCGCAAAACAUACUCGAGGUCAGUGCCGGAGGUGGGUCUACGUCGAACCAAGUGACCGCGUUGGAGUUUCAGGCCUCGCAGGUGAUAUCGAGGCUCGAGGAAGCCGUAGAGAGGACAGCCGAUGGUGGCGGUACCACAUGGAAUAAUCCCUCUGGAUUUCUCUCGCAAUCGAAAACACCCGACGAAAUAUUAACUUUGAUUCAGGAUUUGGUAAUUCACGACGACGCCCCGCAAGCAGCGGAGGAUGGUUCGACCGAGACGGCGACCAGUCAAGUGACGAGUCUGCCAACGUUAACGGAGCCGGCGAAAUUAGCGUUAAUCACACAAACCAUUUCCGCGUACGCGCUCGCACUUCCAAAAUCGCAUGCUCAGAAAUUGGCCGGUCGAUUGGCCGCCGACACCACCAGAUGGCUGAGCCACAUCUUCCGUUUCGUCGACUGUGCUUCCUCGUUUCACGAGGAUCAUCUGGAAGGUUUGGUCAGGGUAACCAGACUGGCGCUACACAGAAAAUAUCCUCGGUACAUGGAAGAGGGUUUCACGGCUCUUGCUGCCUCGCCGCCAUUAAUUUACAGUUCCGUGGCCGCACCUUUAGGUGUGGUACAACACCUGUGCAGACAGCUUUCUUUGCCGCUUCACUGUGUCAGACCCAUUCCUCAUAACACAAUGUUCGGGUCGCGAUACAGUAUGGACGUUUCUGCUUUGGAACGACGUUUAGCGGAAGACGCGCAAUCGAACAGUGUAACGCCGCUUCUCGUGCUGGCCGAAGCAGGUUCGGUAUUAACGGGCCACUGCGACAACAUUGCCAGGCUUCGUGCAAUUUGCGACAAGUACAAUGUUUGGCUCCAUCUUAGAGGACACUCUCUGGCCGCGUUAGCGUUGAAUAAUUCAGCGAAAGACUUGUCAUCAAAAGUGGCGGACAGCAUUACGUUACUUCUCGGAGUUUGGUUAGGUAUACCAUCCUUGCCAGUAGUUACAUUGUAUAGACUAACAGACACGAAAGGUGGUCGACCCACUCCGAGAGACACAACCCUGUCUUUGGUGUCGGGUUUAAUGGCGGAUUCGUUGUCGAGACGUUUACCGACGUUACCGUUAUGGGCGACGUUGCAAGCGUUGGGUCGAGACGGUGUACAUAAUAGGUUGAAAAGAUGCUUUUUAGCCGUGGAAGAAUUGUAUAAUAAAAUCAAAAAGUUUACUUGCAUAGGGAUCUUGAGCCAACCGCCAGGAGGGGAACUCGGAUCCUACACGAUAAACGAGCUCUUGACGAACCCGGUUAACAGUCCGCAACUGUUCGAAGUAGUGGCCAGCGCGUUGGUGUUUCAAUUUCUGCCCGCUGACAGGGAUUCCGAAACAACGGAACGCGUGCCCCCCUAUUACGACAAACUGAAUUCCUGGCUGGGGCAAAUUCUUCAGAGAGAUAUCGAGAACGUACAAAUAGAGCUGUGCGAGAUCGAACACCAUGGCGCGGCGAUUCGCAUUUGCCCCCUUGAAAACUCGGAACCACCUCCUUCGACCGAGGACAUAGAUAACGUGGUGGCUUGCCUCGAACAACAAAUAGAAAUACUAUUGGCGACGGUCGAACGCAAAGAAACGUUCGUAAAAUUAGUCACGGAGAAUGAUUCGUUGCAUUUAGUGGAGAUGCCGGGUUGGGCUGGUCUGGGUGGCGUUCGUUAUGCUCCUCCUACGUGGAUCCACGUAAUGACCGAUCAGGCGAUGGAGGAAUUGAACAGAUUAAAUACGCAACUGGUCGAAGCUUUACGAAACACGGACGCGGCGUUCUCUUUGGGCGAAGGAGCCGACGGUUUAGCCUGCGUACGAUUUGGAAUGGUUACACAAGACACAGACGUAUCCGAGCUGUUGUCUUUGGUCUUGCGAGUCGGUCAAGAAGUAGAAGCUAGUUCAAAGUUACUGGACACUAUAUCCGAGGUGGUAAAAAGAGGUAUCGAGGCAGCACAAACAGAUUUGGAGAGGGAAAAUGCAGAGAAAUUAUGGCAAGAAGGUAUUCUUAGGCACGUGCCUGUGGUUGGAACCUUCGUUAAUUGGUGGAGUCCACCUUCGAAGGAAACUGGAGUUCGUGGACGUAGCCUAAAUCUUCAAGCUGGAGUGGUCGAGAGUACAGAGAAUAUUUACAAGUAUCAUAUGCAACUGCAACCGAAUUCUACAGUGAUCAAUGGAUCCGGAGCUAGAACACCACCGCAACCUUUGGUACAAACACCAGUUGGUGCAGGGAGUCAGAGUCAUAGUCGCUCCUCGAGUCAUUCUAGCCUGCAGAGCGGGAAAAGUAUUUCCGCGGUGACAAAUGCCGUUUCCCAUUCACAGGUAAAAGAGGAAUCCGGCGAGGUGAAAUCGUAGUGAAGGUCAAACGGCACGGUUGGUUAAUAGAAAAUCACGCUCAAGUCCCACGGACUUGGCAAAAGAACGAUGCUGUAGGUGAAACGGUCGAACGUUUCCCGCGAAAGCUGUUUUUUAUGCUCGAAGAGCAAAACAAAGCAAAGCAUUAGCCCCCUAAAGCGUACACCGAAGAGCUUGGUAGCUCGAUCCAGGUAAACACGCUGCCUAUUAUUUGUAAAAUCAUUAUCUUCUUAAGAAAAUAGUUUAUCUUAUCUCUCGGCCACGUUCGAUUCACCCACCGUAUUCUUUUCUUUUCGCCUGGUUCUUACUUUGGAAUUCCAACUUUUUAAGGUCGCGUACGAUUCGUUGAAUUAUGGCUGGUGUACUUAUUAGACUGACACAGAA